AUGGGCGUUGCGAAACUCUGGCCACUCCUCGACGAAUUCUCAGCCAGGAAAUCUGUCUACGAGCUGACGAUAGCCUCUACAAAUCGGCCGCCACACGCCUUUCGCCUCGGUAUCGACGUCUCCCUUUGGUUCUUCCACGCCGAGUAUGGGCAGGAAGGCGAAAAUCCCGAGUUGCGAACUCUGUUCUUUCGUCUAGAACUUCUUCUUCACAAUCCUAUACAGCCUCUCUUCAUCUUCGACGGCCCAGGGAGACCAGCAUGGAAGCGAGGAAAACGUAUCAAUACCUGGGCCCAGAACCCGCUGACCGACGGACUGAAAGCUUUUAUCGAAGCUUUUGGGUUUGAAUGGCGCAUGGCCCCAGGCGAGGCGGAGGCGGAGCUGGCAUAUUUAAACGCUGCAGGGAUCAUCGACGGCGUUCUUACCGACGACGUCGACGCGUUCUUGUUCGGCGCCCAGACGGUUUGGCGGAACCCAAGUUCGACGCACGCGCAAACUUCAGAUACGGAGAAGAAGAACUUCGUAAUGGUGUUUCAGGAUGUGAAACUCAGCAGGGCAGAGCUCAUAUUAAUUGCCCUCUGUGCAGGCGGUGACUAUUCCCCCGAGGGACUUCCUGGCUGCGGCCCUAAUACCGCCAAAGGCCUUGCUCACGCGGGACACGCAGAUAGAUUGUACCACGUAGCGACGACCCAAACGAGAGAGGAGUUACUGGCGUAUCUCCCUAUCUGGCGCGCAGAAGUUAUCCAGGAACUCAGAACCAAUUCCUCUGGAUGCCUGGGACACAAGCAUAACAGGCUGGCAAACUCCGUGCCAGCAACCUUUCCGGAUAUUAACAUCUUAUUAGCUUACACGGAACCAGUCACAUCACCACUCGAGAGGUACAUCGAUAUCGACUGGAUGAAGAAGGAGCCAAAUGUCCCUGCAAUAGCUGCGCUGUGCGAAAUGUAUUUUGAGUGGGGGUACAAAGAAUCGGUUGUGAAGCGUUUCAGGACGCUCAUAUGGCCCGGAUUGGCCCUCCGUGUUCUAAGAAGAUACAUAAUUGAGGGUGAACAGGGCAAGGAUGAGAAAUACGUUUGGCGCAAGUUCGCUGCAAACGAGGCAGUGGAUGUUGGUGAGGCUGGGUGGAUGACGAAGAUCCACAGUACACGGGAGCAUCAAUCGACAGGUCGCGCUCUGCAGUAUCGCGUUGAAAUCGACGUCUCCGUCCCCGUCCGGUUAGCGGAAUCUGGUGUGCAAGGUUGGAGGAGGCCAACUGGAGCCGGUCCGGACGCUGCCGAUUUCUUGCAAUUCGAAGACCGUGCUACCGACUCUGCAGAGGACCAGCGUGGGCCCCUCCGUGUUUGGCUCCCGGCCGUCAUGGUCCAAAAAGCUAGGCCCGCUUUGGUCGAAGAGUUUGAAGAGAUGAUCAGGUGCAGAAAAGAGAAGAAGAAACCCAAAGGCAAGAAGAAGGUGACGGAGGAGAUGAGCGGUGAUGACGAACCACCAACGAGCCCGAGGAAGAAGAAGACGGCGGCUACUCCUUCUGCGACACCCCGUACACCUACCAAACGCAAAUCGAAAUCCGCCUUACCCACCAAAGCCCGUCGUCGAGGUCCCGAAGACGAUAUGGUGAGGAAGAGCCCGCGGAAGAACAAACUGGACUCUCCUAGUCGUAGGCUGAGGGAGGGGAGUCCAACCCGAGGAAAGGCGAAAAGCAAACCUAUAGAAGUGAUUGUGAUUUCCUCAGAUGAUGAAGGAAGCGAUUCUGAUGCCAUGGUGUUUGUGGGAUGA